AUGUCGGAAGUCUGUGUACCAGAAUCGACCCGGAGAUUGACGAUGACAACUCGGUGUCAAGUUGAGUCUAUCUUAGCACAACAGGAUGACCGGCUUCUCGUCAUUGUUAGGCCACGAUUGGCGCAGGGCUCUGCAAAGAUCCUCAAGCUCUGUCACAGACUUCAGCGCCUGGGCCAAAACAGCUGCAACGAUGUUAUGAUGGUGUUGCAAGUUAACCCGGAGAAUGUUUGCGCCUCUGUGAACGGCGGGUCACCCAGAUAUACAAACCAGCCAGUUGGUUACAUGACCAAUGAGCAGGGAUCUACAACGAGUGGAAUACCUGUGGCUGCCGAAAUACGAGGUACCAUCUUGGUCCACUACGUCCCCGAUCUGCUCUCCUUAGGGCUUGCUGCUGGCUGCGAGGUACAGUCUCAGUCCCUUCGAGAACUAGUGUCUGGAUUGCCUUUUCCGAUCGGCUUGAGAAACAACUCCGGCGUUCCUAUAGAUGCCAUCAAGUCCUCGGCGGAACAACACCAGUGCUUCGGAAUAACAAAAUUAGGGCAGCUUGCAGUUAUCUCUACAGCUGGUAAUGCGCACGCCUUCACCGUUUUACCGGGGAAUUCAGAUCUCAUCGACCAGACGCUACCACAAAUUCGAAAGGGAGGAGGAGAAUUGCAACAAACGAGUAGUUGGCGAUCUAUCGUCAUUGACUGUUCAUACGAAACACCCACUGAUAUACCUCGCAAUGCCGCUGUAUUGGCUCACGUUGCAGCACUUCUGCAGAAUGGCGAAACCUCUCUCACGGGUAUAGUCGUCGAGGCAGACAUUACAGGUGAAAGAAGAACCUCGAAUAUUGGUACGGACUGGGCUAGCGUUGAGGCUACCAUUGAGGAGCUGAGUGCUUGUGUGCGCGCGCGACGCGCUAUUGUUAAGGCUCGGAAGGAUGCUGGCCAUUGUUACUGUUAGAUUGUAUUAGCCUUGUCGGCAUAGAAAAGAUUGCUUAGACCUUACAUAUUCCAGC